AUGGCAAACAAGGAACCUUUCGAUGACCGAAGGAUGCAUAUUGCGUUGACCGUCCACGACAAGGAAGGGAAACAGCAUGAAGACUUCCCUGUCAAGAUAUACAAGAUCAAGUACAGCGACGAGCUGCAGACAGAGCUGGAGCAAAAAGAAGAGGAGUGCAAGGAUGAGCUUGAGGCCAAGCCGAAGCCGAGUCCAAAGAAAGCUGAGACAUCAACGCAACCGGGCGGGAGCAACUCAAGUACGCUCGCGCCACCUCCCAACGCAGCCGUCCCCACCAACAAAGAAUUAGAAGAGAUGUUCUACGAUUUUGGUCGCGACAUCUCAGCAGAAGAGAACAGGCAGAUCGCGACUUACUUUUCCAAGGUUCAAGGCCUUAGAAUACCCGUCCCAGAUGCGCUCUUCUUCACCAUGCGUGAGAGAGCCAGAAAAGUGAACCUUCCCAUCGAGCGUGAUUCUAUAUUCAUCGACUUUCUUUACAAGACCAAGCAACUGACGGAAGAGUCACGGAUUCCAUGCGAGGAGCAAAAGGAGGAGGAGGAACAGGAGGAGGAACAGGCGUCGAAGCGACGCAAGCUCACAGGUGCGAAACACCACAAGAUACGUCCUCUUCUCUUGUUUACUCCAGAGCUUCAGAAGAUGGCCGCUGAGGUGUUGGCCGGCCGCGAGAGAACUACCAAGAUAAAGCGCAUUAUGGACGAGGGCAACGGAACAGAAGACUGGAACCCAGUUGAUGAUUCCCUUAACGAAGACAAGCUCGACGCGCUUGCUGAUGAGCUGACGGUGCUCUACAAAGAAAUGUGCUCCAACCUGAGAAAAGCGCUUCUUCAUCUCAAAGAUUAUGCUCGCUACCUGGAGGAUCUAACCGACGCCGGCGUGUUCCGGUUGAGGGAAAACUCCAAGGAGGAAAUAUAUCGAUUCGAAGACUUCCUAGAACCAAAGUCGUUCCGCGACACGGUUGCAGCCCUACAAUGGAUGGAGCACAAGGAUGCUGUGGCGCUCUGUACCUACGAAUCGAUUUACCGCUUCGUGCAGCCAAUCGUCAACACAAGGGUGAAUAUAAAUCACAGCAGGACUAGACUUGCCAAACAAGCCGAAGCGCCGCUAUCGAGAUGGGAGCCCACACCAAGGAAAGAGAAUAAUGACACCGGGGACAGCAACGAGAACGUGAUCCGGCCGGAAACCGAGGCACGGUAUGGGGCAGUUUAUGGAGACAUUCAACGACUCCGCGACAUGAUUCAACAAGAGCUCACGACUGUAUUGAUUCCAACAAGGGCAGGUGUACGAGAACGCGAUUGCGAUUUCCGAAAAGAGUUGGACGAACUUGUACCAGCGGAGACACUAGAGGCCUACAAUCACGGCACCACUGAAGACAAGGAAGAGAUACUGAGAGAUCUUUUUGCGACAGCUAUGGAUACUGAUAGAGCAUACCUCCAUGUCGACACGUACACGGAUGAUAUGCAACGAAUCAGAUUGUUCGCAUCACCUCAUACCUCCGACUUUGCGCCCUACUCCACAGUCUUCACGCAUCGUUCAUCAGCACAAUCGCGAGACCCUACAACACAAACACCACGGUCCUCAACCUCCGCGCCCCAAGGCUCGACCAAUCACCCGCUCAGCCUUCCACCAGCUACCCCUCACGACGAUAUCGCUUGGGCCGAACACGAUGACCUUCUCCACUCACUCACUGUACGCGCUUCAGAUCUCGACCAGUUAGCCCUCGCAGCUGAAGCGCGAUGGAAAGCUGCUGAAGGCAUGCUGCCCCCUUCAGAACAUCAUACUAUCGGCCGCGCAGCUAGCGUUCCCACAUUACGAGAAAUUCAUCUGUUGCUAGCGCGGAUUGAUCUAUUGGUGAGAGAAGAACGGAAAUGGAGGGACGAAUGCAUGCCGAGGAACCCGAGAGAGAAGUACCCGGCUUGGGCGAGUGUAUAUUCGCAGGUCAUGGGCGUGGGUGUAGGGCGAGGACUAAGGCCAUGGGAUGUAGUCAAGGAGUUGGAUCACUCCGCUUUCAAAAGCAUCGAGUCGGCCAAGAUGUUGUUCUUCAAACUCAUCACCACUGCCCUCUUCUACUUCACCUCUCUUGUCGCAGCUGCCGACACGAGCGCCUGGAAGUCUCGCAGCAUCUACUUCGUUCUCACCGACCGCAUCGCUCGCAGCAGUAGCGAUACUGGCGGCGGAGCAUGCAGCAAUCUUGGCAACUACUGCGGCGGAACCUUCAAAGGUCUUGAGUCCAAACUCGACUACAUCAAAGGGCUAGGAUUUGAUGCCAUCUGGAUCACUCCGGUCGCUGCUGGAUACCAUGGCUACUGGGCUGAGGAUCUCUACUCGAUCAACUCAAACUACGGUUCUGCUGCCGACUUGAAGAGCUUGGUCAGCACUGCUCAUGCUAAGGGCAUCUAUGUCAUGGUCGAUGUUGUCGCCAACCACAUGGGCCCAGGUGCGAUCACCAACAACAAGCCUUCGCCACUAAACCAGCAAUCCUCAUACCACUCCGCCUGCGAUAUCAACUACAGCAACCAGGGCAGUAUCGAGCAGUGCCAAAUUGCCGGUCUCCCGGACAUCAACACCCAGUCCACGGAGAUCCGCAACCUGUUGAACACUUGGGUUUCUUGGCUUGUCAAGGAGUACAGCUUCGAUGGCGUUCGAAUCGACACCGUCAAGCACGUUGAGAAAGACUUCUGGCCUGGCUUCUCUGCUGCAACUGGCGUGUACAACAUCGGCGAAGUGUUCGAUGGCAACCCGACUUACCUUGCUGAGUACGCCAAGCUCAUGCCCGGUCUUUUGAACUACGCAACCUACUACCCUAUGAACAACUUCUACCAACAGACCGGUUCAGCUCAGGCGCUUGUAGACAUGAUGAACACCGUCAGCAACACUUUCCCCGACCCAUCCGCUCUCGGUACCUUCCUCGACAAUCACGACAACAAGCGUUGGUUGAACGUAAAGAACGACCAGACUCUGCUCAAGAACGCCCUUGCUUACGUCAUCCUUGCGCGAGGUAUUCCCAUCCUCUACUAUGGUACCGAACAAGGCUAUGCCGGUGGUGACGACCCAGCCAACCGAGAAGACCUCUGGCGAAGCGGCUUCAACACUAACGCGAAUCUCUAUCAGGCCAUCAAGAAGCUGACUGCUGCAAGGAAGUCUGCAGGAGGCCUUGCCGGUAACGAUCACACCCACUUGUACGUAGCGAACAACGCCUACGCCUGGAGCCGUGCAGGUGGCAACCUUAUCGUUCUCACCACGAAUGCUGGAAGCAGUUCCAACCAGCAGCAUUGCUUCAAUACCCAGAAGGCCAACGGAAAAUGGAACAACGUGUACGGAAACGGCGCUGCUGUUACUGCCGACGGUAACGGUCAGAUCUGUGUCACCGUCAGCAAUGGCGAACCCAUCGUUCUUGUUGCUGGCACUGCUACGCCCACCACGGGAACCACUCUUACCACCAAGACUGCUACUGCUACUGGCACAUCAACUGCUUGCCCAACAGCUGUUUCGGUUUCUUUCACCCACCGCAUCACCACUGUUCCUGGCGACACCAUCAAGAUCACCGGUAACACUGCGCAGUUGGGUAACUGGACACCAGCCAACGGUCUUACUCUGUCCGCAAGCAGCUACACCGCUAGCAACCCGGUCUGGACGAUCACCGUGCCAUUGGCAGCAGGUUCAGCGAUCCAAUACAAAUUUGUGAAGAUUAGCAGCAGUGGAACGAUCACAUGGGAGAGUGAUCCUAACAGGAGCUACACCGUGCCCAAGUGCCAGGCGAGUGCCAGUCUGAGCAGCUCAUGGCAGUACCUUGUGCUCUCAUGGGCCGAUACAUCGCCAACUCGAGUUCAGUCACACCAGCAGAUUGGAUCGGCUUUCGAAGGCUAUCCUGGAAAGCUGGGACAUAUCUACCACAAGGCUUAUACCAUGGAAAGCUGGCUAACAGAAUUGCCUUACUUGAACAUAACAGCUCUGGCAGUCUACCAAGAGAAAAGCUGGCCAAGAGCGCGCUGGCUGCCGUCCGUUCCGUACUUGGAACUCCACGGCGCUCAAGGAUCAUCAAGAAGAGCUUGGACCACGGGCAAAGUGGCCGAAAUACAUCCCGUUUAUGGGGCUAAAUGCACGAGCGAAGCGUAUGACGAUCACUUUCUCGUUGAGCUCUUCAAAAAGUGGCAUGAAGACGCCGAGUACGAAUUCGAACCAGCGAAGAAUAACGCUCCAAUCAAUGAUGGGAAGCAUUUCAUUGCGCAGUUCGACCGAGUGGAGCUUCUUCUUGCACAGAGUCGAAGAAAUGUUUGGGGUGUUACUUCAAAGCAGUGGCAAGACUUCGCUGAAGGUACCGAUAUCCUUGCUACUAACGUUGAAGUGGCACAGCACAUGGAGUUCUCGCGGAAGCUCGAAGCAGGCGAGAUUUGUGAGGAAGUGGAAGCACAGAAAUUGCAUUCAAGCCUUCAGUCCUUUCCACUACCGCAACAUUCCCUCAUUUACUACCCGGUUCACUCGCUACAUCAUUCAUUCAAAAUGAAGUUCACUCUCGUCACCGCUCUCCUCGCCGGCGCCGCGGUUGCUGUCCCUACUGCCCCUAUCCACCCUCACAACGGCACAGUUGAGGAAAGGUCCCUGAACAAGCGUCUUGACCCUCUUACCAUCGCCAUCAUCGGUGGUGCUGCCUCUGCCAUUGUCGGUGUUUCCGCAACUGAGGCUCUCAACACCAUCAAGAACGUUGCCGAUUGGACUGCUGCUCGUGAGGCUUUCACCAAGGCUACCACCGCCGAGAUGUCCAGGCGCGCUAAGCCCAACGAGGCCGCUGUCUGCUACAACAUGGGCUACAAGGUCUCCAAGCCUAACCAGAUGCGCGAGCUCACCUCUGUCCGCUUGAAGUCUGGUGUCCUCAACACCGACUAUGACUGCUUCUUCAUGUGGGGUCCUGACAACCACUUCAACUCUGAGGGUGACGGUGGUUACAUCAACCUUGCUGUCAUGGCCCCUGAUUCAUGCCCCUUCGACAGCAAAACCUCCGACCUUUACUGCCAGUAG